AUGAACUUUUCCCCACAAUUAGGAUUUCUAGCUCAAAAGUUUUAAGAGAAAUAAUAGAACAAUAGGAUCACAAAGAGUGAUUUAGAACAAAUACUAGAAAAUGCUAAUUAUAGUUAAUCUGAUAUUUAAUCUUUAAUCUAAUAAAUCAAUGAGGAUGAAAUAAGUAAAAGUAAUUUGUUAUAUAGCCUAUAAUUAGUUUUUGUCGAUUGUGGGAGUUUCUGAUAAUAGUCAAAAUGUAUAAACUUAUUAAUAAAAUAAUGGGUAUGAGAUAGUAUCUGAAUAAUAAUAAAAGUUGACAUCGGAAUAGCUUCAAAGCAUUUAUGAUGAUUACAAAAUUGCAUUAAAAAAUUAGGAUUUCGAAAAGACCAAGUCAAUUCUAAGUAUUUGAUUAAAUUAAAAUCCCAAGAUUAGUAUAGAGAUAUUGAUUUAGUUAAUAAAAUAGAUCCAUCCUAAAGAUAAAUCUCAACAUACAUAGCUGUUUAGGGUCCAGAUGAUAAUGUAGCAUUGCAAACAUUGGAAUUGUUGUUUGAUUUUGGCGCCAACUUAAAUUACAAGGAUUAAUUAGGACAAUCGAUUUUGUUUUAUAUAUGCAGGGACGGAAGACUAAAACUACUUGAUUUUGUAUUGUCAACCAACACUGUGAAUGUCAAUGACUAAGAUCGAUAUGGAUAAACGCCUUUGUUCUAUGCUGCAAGAGAUAAUAGAUAUGAUAUCGUCAUUAGGUAUCAUAAUAAUUGUCUAUAGUUUAGAUUGAUAUAGUACGGAAUCGAUAUUAAUAUUGUCGAUAAACUUUCAAGUUAAACAGCCUUAUUCUAUGCAGCCAAUGGAGGACAUGUUGAUAUAUGUAAAGUGUUGAUCGAAGUAUGACUAUCGGAAUUAUUGUAGAAUGGAAGUAAUCCGGGACAUGUUGAUUCAUCCAAAAAAAAUGCUCUAUUUUUUGCUAGGAAAUACAAUAGAAAGGAAGUGAUCGAUCUAUUUAAUAACUACUUCAACAAAAAUAAGGAUGAUAUGUCUAAAAACAGUGGAGGAAAUGACAAUAGCAAAGGAGAAGCACCAAGAUCCUAACAAUAGAAGAAGAAAUUUAAUAACCUUCCCAAAUAGUCAUACAAAUUGAUAUUUACAGAUAACCAAGGGAAUUAGAGAGAGUUGAAUUCUGUUGAGUUUAUAAAGUUUCAAUAGGAAUACCCAGAGGUUGCUAAUUUAAUUGUAAAUGCCGAUGAAUUGAUUGAUGAUACCAUUAUCAAUUAGAUUAAGGAUGAUGAUACAUGGGAGAAGAUUGCUAAGAAGGUUUUAGGUAUUUAUGAAGCGUGUAACUCCCUAUUUAGGCAUUAUUUGGAAGGCGAAAGGAGCUCAUUUGUUUCAUCAACCGGUUGACCAGAAAAAGUAUGGAAUCAGUGAUUACUAUGAGAUAGUUACAAAACCAAUGGAUUUUGGAACCAUUAAAGUAUUGAGGUGUUAUUACGAUUUAGAACAAAUUAAAUUCAAAUGUGUAUACUUCUUGCCAAGAAUUCUAUGAUGAUGUGAUGCAGGUCUUUGAAAAUUGUAUUUUGUACAAUGGGGAAACGAGUGAGGUGGGAUAGAUCGGAUUAAAUAUCAGAUAGGAGUUUCAAAGCCAAUUAGAAUUGACAUUAUUAAAAAAAUAUUUAUGA